CUGUGUACGAACAAACCAACCAUUCUUCUUCUUCCCUCUCGACGUAUCAUCAACGGAUCCCUGCUCCAGCUCCGACCUAGUUCUUCUCUCGAUCCUUUCCCAGUACAGAGAAUCGGAUCGUUUCCGAAUUUUAGGGGUUUUGGGAGAUCUGAUCGGAGAAAAGGUUGUUGUUGGAAUGGCGAGGAAUAGAUCGGACAGUGGUUAUGCCUUGUGGAGGUAUUUCAGUCCCGCGUUUUAUCUCCGAAGGCCGAGGCGUUUGGCUUUGCUUUUCAUCGUGUUCGUGUCUGUAUCCAUGCUGGUCUGGGAUCGUCAAACUCUUGUCCGAGAACACGAGGUUGAAAUCUCUGAGUUAAAUGAAGAAAUAUUCCAGUUGCAGCAGGCGCUGGAAGAGCUAAAAAGCAUUGGCGGGGAUGUACCUCUAAAGAUACUGAAGAAUGUUGAGGACAAUCCAAUUGAUAUCCAGCGCAGACAAAAAGUGAAAGAAGCAAUGAUUCAUGCUUGGAGUUCGUAUGAAAAAUAUGCCUGGGGAAAAGACGAGCUUCAGCCGCAGACAAAGGAUGGUGUUGACAGCUUCGGUGGCCUUGGAGCAACCCUGAUAGAUGCAUUAGAUACACUUUAUAUAAUGGGUCUAGAUGAGCAGUUUCAGAAAGCCAAAGAAUGGGUAGCUACCUCACUAGAUUUCGACAAAGAUUACGACGCCAGUAUGUUUGAGACAACCAUAAGAGUAGUAGGUGGACUUCUUAGUGCAUAUGAUCUUUCUGGGGACAAAAUUUUCCUUGAUAAGGCUAAGGAUAUUACCGACAGAUUGCUGCCUGCUUGGGACACCCCUUCAGGCAUACCUUAUAACAUUAUCAACCUGAGACAUGGAAAUACUCAUAAUCCUACAUGGGCAGGGGGAGACAGUAUUCUUGCAGAUUCUGGCACUGAGCAGCUCGAAUUGAUUGCCCUUUCUCAGAGGACCGGGGACCUAAAGUAUCAGCAGAAGGUAGAAAAGGUUAUUUCAGAACUAAAUAAAAACUUCCCUGCUGAUGGUUUACUUCCCAUAUAUAUAAAUCCCAAUACAGCUACCCCGUCAUACUCUACCACAACAUUUGGUGCCAUGGGAGACAGCUUUUAUGAGUACUUGCUCAAAGUUUGGAUACAAGGGAACAAAACUUCAGAGGUGAAACACUAUAGAGAAAUGUGGGAGAAAUCAAUGCAAGGUCUGUUAAGCUUGAUCAAGAGGUCAACACCUUCAUCGUUUACAUAUAUCUGUGAGAAGAAUGGAAAUUCUUUGACCGAUAAGAUGGAUGAGUUGGCAUGCUUUGCUCCUGGAAUGUUGGCCUUAGGAUCAUCGGGUUAUCCAUCCGACGAAGCCCAGAAAUUUCUCUCACUUGCUGAAGAGCUUGCAUGGACCUGUUAUAACUUUUAUCAAUCGACACCAACGAAAUUGGCGGGGGAGAAUUAUUUCUUUAAUUCUGGGCAGGACAUGAGUGUGGGAACAUCUUGGAAUAUCUUGAGACCAGAAACCGUAGAAUCAUUGUUUUAUCUCUGGCGUUUCACUGGAAACAAGACAUAUCAAGAGUGGGGUUGGAACAUUUUCGAAGCAUUCGAGAAGAACUCCCGAAUAGAGACCGGAUAUGUUGGCUUGAAGGAUGUUACCACGGGAGCGAAGGACAACAAAAUGCAAAGCUUCUUUUUAGCGGAGACGCUGAAGUAUAUGUACCUUCUCUUCUCCCCCUCCAAUGUCAUUCCCUUGGACGAGUGGGUAUUCAACACAGAAGCUCACCCUCUGAAGAUCGUGACUCGGAGUGACUCGGUGAGUCUCGGGCAAUCAGAGGGUGGUGGCUCCAUGCGUAAGCCGCCGAUUAAGUUGCGGCCGAGGCGGUUCGGACGGAUACACGAUUAGUAAGACUUCUUCACAGUGAAGCAUCAUCCUCUUUACUAAGAGCAAUGUGGCUUUGGUCUGUGUUUUUGUUUUUGUUUUCACUUCUAGGAAAUGUUUAAGAAAAGUUUUCGAAGCUUUGAAACACAAAUUACUAUUGUUGUAUUAGCUGGAAUCUUUCCAUAAUAUUUGCUCGGAUCAAAUUUGACACUUUUAUUUCCAAAAAACAAGUUACUGUUGUA